AUGGAUGGGGUUGUUAAAGUUGGAAUAUGGGGUAUUGGUGGUAUUGGCAAGACCACAAUUGCCAAGGCUGUCUACAAUCAAAUUUAUACUGAUUUUGAAGCUGCUUCAUUUGUAUCUAUUGUCCGCUCCACUGCUGCAGACGACACAGGCCUUACAAAGUUGCAGAUGCAGAUUCUUGAACAGUUAACUAAAUAUGAGGGAACAGCGUACAAUGUUGAUCAGGGCAUGUCUUUGUUGAGAGAACGUUUGGGAGGAAAAUGUGUUAUGCUUAUUUUGGACGAUGUGGAUGGUGUUAAACAAUUGGAUGCAUUGGUUGGGGACUGGCUGGCACAUCACAGCAGAGUUAUUAUUACUACGAGAGACAAACACAUCCUUAAUGUUGCUAAAGUCUCAUCUGAAUGCAUCCACGAGAUGAGGGGAUUGGAUAUGAGUGAAGGUCUCCAACUAUUUAGUUGGCAUGCUUUUCUCAAAGCAUCUGCAAGUCCAGAUUACGAACAUCUGUCCAAAGAAAUAGUGGAAGCUUGUAAGGGGCAUCCUCUUUCAUUGGAAGUGAUUGGAUCCUUCCUCUAUGAUAAGCAGGAUGACACAGAUUGUUGGAUGGAAGCUCUUCGCAACAUUACCCGCUACCCAGAAAUUCAAGAAAGGCUUUACAUCAGUUAUGAUGCUCUUAAUGAUGUGGAAAAGGAAAUCUUUUUGGACAUUGCUUGCGUCUUUAUUGGAGAAGAGAAAUCAUUGCCCGUUGUCUUCUGGAAAUCCGUGUACAGGAAGGUAUACUCUGUUGUAUCUAAUCUUUUAAUGAAGUCAUCGAUAAAGAUUGACGAUGAAGGAAGAUUUGAUAUGCAUGAUCAUUUGCGAGAUAUGGGGCAAGGCAUUGCUGAAAAAGAAAAAGAGUGUACCCGUCUAUCAGAGGCAAACGUUUUAAACACCAUAACCAACAACCGUAAUUUCUCUCGCAUUCGAAUUAAUGGAGGCAAUUCACAAAGGCUUGAACAGAUGUUUCCACCCGGUCUUCGCUAUCUUGAUUUGGAGGAUCUAAGCAUUGAAGGCGUGACACAAGACACGCUAGCCAUGCUUCCUACAAGUUUGAUAUGGUUAAGACUGGCAGAUUGUGACUUUGAGAUGAAUAGAGCAAUAAAGAAGCCAGGCCACUCCUCCAUUAACAUUUGGCAACUGAAGAUUAUGCAAUUACAAUUCUGUGAUCACCUUGACAGCUUUCUUAUCUCCUCCAUAUUUUCACUUCCAGAUAUACAGCUGCAGCACUUGGACAUGGUAGGGUGUAUAGGUUUAAACAAACUCCCCGAUUCCAUUGGCAACUUGUCACAGCUGCAGCACUUGGACAUGGAAUGCUGUGAUGGUUUAGAUAACCUCCCUGAUUUCAUUGGCAACCUGUCACAGCUGCAGUACUUGAACAUGGAAUGGUGUGAUGGUUUAAACAAACUCUCUGAUUCCAUUGGCAACCUGUCACAGCUGCAGCACUUGGACAUGGGAUGGUGUACAGGUUUAAACAACCUCUCUGAUUCCAUUGACAACCUAUCACAGCUGCAGCGCUUGGACAUGAGAGGGUGUAAUGGUUUCAACAACCUUCCUGAUUCCAUUGGCAACCUGACACAGUUGCAGCACUUGUACAUGAGAGAGUGUACAAGUUUAAACAACCUCCCUGAUUCCAUUGGCAACCUGUCACAGCUGCAACACUUGGACAUGAGAGGGUGUAAUGGUUUAAACAACCUCCCUGAUUCCAUUGGCAACCUGUCACAGCUGCAACACUUGGACAUGGGAGGGUGUACAGGUUUAAACAACCCCCCUGAUUCCAUUGGCAACCUGUCACAGCUGCAGCACUUGGACAUGGGAGGGUGUGAAGGUUUAAACAACCUCCCUGAUUCCAUUGGCAACAUGUCACAGCUGCAGCACUUGGACAUGCCAAGUUGUACAGGUUUAAACAAACUCCCUGAUUCCAUUGGCAAAAUGUCACAGCUGCAGCACUUGGACAUGCGAAGGUGUUAUGGUUUAAACAACCUCCCUGAUUCCAUUGGCAACCUGUCACAGCUGCAGCACUUGAACAUGGGAUGGUGUGAUGGUGUAAACAAACUCCCUGAUUCCAUUGGCAACCUGUCACAGCUGCAGCACUUGAACAUGGGAUGGUGUGAUGGUUUAAACAAACUCCCUGAUUCCAUUGGCAACCUGUCACAGCUCCAACAUUUCAAUAUAGAAAAUUGUAGUAAUUUAAAUAACCUCCCUGAUGAUGCAGUAUUGAACAUGGAAAUGGUGUACAUUGUUUAA